AUGACUGAUAAUCUGAAUAAUCUAUCAAUAUCAACAGACAAAUUACCUAAUGGACAUGAAUAUACAACAUUAGCCAAUAAUAAUACAACAUCAAAACGACGAAAACUUAUUUUACAUUUUGAUAAUCGAAAUACCUUAGAAGUUGCCAAUAAUGUAUCAGCAACAACAAUUGAACAAGGUGUAAACAAUUUUUUAACAGGUGUCCUUUGGGGUUCUGAAAAAGAGAGUACUGGUGAAUGGGAAUGGGUGUCAACAUCACCGUCACUUCAAAAACCAGUAAAUUGUUCACAUUGUAUAACGUAUUUUAAAUAUCUCGAAAAUCAAAUUGUUAAACAAGCUAUUGAUAGAAAAGAUUUACGUGCAAAAACUGGUAGUUUUGUAUAUAAUGAAGGUGCACGUUUUCGUCAAUUUUAUGAUGAAUUAAUUGAAUCAUUACGAUAUUAUAAAUUAGGAAGUAAGGAACGUGAGCAGGAAGAUAAAAUAUUAACUUUAGAAGAAGUACAAAAACAAAAAGCAGAUGAAUUAAUAAAAAAACAAGAAGAGAAUGAACGUAAACGACGUCCAUCUGUUUUACAUAAUAUUCCAAUACCUGUAAAUGGUUAUCGUUCGGAAAAAGGUACACUUUAUCAUUACGUUUUACCAUCAUUUUUUCGUCUUAUUGAAUAUCUACAAGAAACAGAUCGAGAUUUUGUUAUUUAUUUACGAACAAUGGGUGAUGAUAGUAAAAAUUUUCUAUUAAAUGCCCAACGUAUACUUUCAAAUGAACAUCCAGAAUUUCGUUUUAAACAAUCACUUGAUGUUAAUCAUGAACCAGGUCGUAUUGAACGUAAAACAAAUGAUAUAAUUCGUCUUCAAAUGAAAUUUCAAGAAGAUCCAGAAAUGGAAAUAAUCGAAGAUGAAUUUUUAAUUAAUGAAAAAUUAGAAAGUGGUCAUGGUAUACAUGCAAUAAAAGAUGAUUUUAAUGCAUGGUGUCAAACAAAUUAUCAUUAUACAACAUCAAAACCAAUAUGGUUUGAUCCAGAUGAUUUAAAUCCUCAAUCACAUCACAUUUUAUUUGAUGAUAAUUUUCGUGUUAUUCAUCCAAAUGAUUCUAUUGUUGAUAUUCGUAUAAUGGAUAAGAAGAAACGAAAAUGUUAUUCAUGUCCAUUUGAAUUUUAUCCUAAACUUGAAGAUGUAUUUGCUGUACAAGCAAAUUUAUAUUUAAUAUUAGCUGAUAGAGAUUAUUAUAUAAAAUCAAUUACAGAAUGUGAAAAUAAUCUUGAUCAACUGCUUCAAGAUACUCAAACAUUAAAAGCAAUCAAAGAAAAAAGUUGUAUCGAUCAUAAAUAA